AUCAUCAUCGCUGAGUGCGCUUUUCAUCCCAAGAUGGCGGCCGCCACGUCCUCUGAAAGAGUUGGAGGAUCAGUCGAAAAUUUGACAGAAAUAAGUGAAAUCCAAACUGCUCUGGUGAAACUCUCAAAGGAAGAGCAAUCAGUUACAGAUGAGAUUGAUAUGUUACUGGAUCACCAUGGCCAUCUUGAGGCUAAAAUGAACUCCUUGCAUAGAAUGGGUCCCAACCUACAGCAUGUGUCACUGGAUGCCAAAAAGCUUAGUGGAAUGAUAGGCUGCACUUCAGAGCUAGCAGAGAAUGUUAGCAGUAAAGUCAGACAGCUUGAUCUAGCCAAGAGUCGAGUUCAAAGUGCCAUUCAGAGAGUCAAUGAUAUCUUAGAUUUAAAGUUUUGUACAGAUGGAGUUCAGACAGCUUUGCAAUCCGAGGACUAUGAAAAGGCAGCUGGUCACAUCCAUCGCUAUCUCACCCUAGAUGAGAAGGUCCUCAAACAGGCAUUACCAGAUGCAAGGGAAGGAAGCAGCAUCGAUGCAUCCCUCAAGGUACUUCAUGAAGGAGAACAGAACCUGAAGGCAUUGGUCAGGAAGAAGCUAGACCAAGCCAUCAGUUCCUCCGACAGACCUUCUGUAGAACGCUUCUUCAAGAUCUUUCCUUUGCUGAAUCUUCAUGAAGAAGGCCUGACCAAGUUUUCUACUUAUUUACAGGCUCAGAUUGUGAGUAAUGCAAGGGAACACCUUGAAAUAGCGUCCAGUGUUGAUAGCUCUGAUAGAAGAGCUGGUGUAUUGUAUGCAGAUGCUCUGACAAACCUCUUUGAAGACGUCGGCAAGAUCAUUGAAGUCCAUCAACCACUUGUGGAAACAUAUUACGGUCCUGGCAAAUUAUUAACAUUGAUAGAGUCUCUUCAGAAGGAAUGUGAUAAGCAAGCCCAGAAGAUUAUCAAUAAGUUUGUAGAACAGAGAGAGUUUAGUAGGAAGUCGCAGCAGGUUCAACAAAGCUUCAACAGGACAACCUACAAGUCUUCUAAUGUCCAUGACAAGUUAGACCCUAGAGAUCUUGAUGUGUUACUUGCAGAGUGUACCUUACUGAAUGCACGGACAGAGCUUUACCUUAGAUUUAUUAGGAGGAGAGUUACAAGUGACAUAGAGGUUUGUGACGAGGAUGGCCCUGUCAAGGAAGAGAGACUAUCUUGCCUAGAACGUAUGCUACGUGACUGCACCCUCAGUAGACGGAUGCAGGAGAUCAUUGGUAGCUACAUCGUCAUGGAGGAGUACUUCAUGAGAGAAACGGUUAUGAAGGCAGUGAAUAUGGAUAUAAUAGAGCCAGGUACGCAUACAUCAAGUAUGGUGGAUGAUAUCUUCUUCAUUCUCAAGAAGUGUACAAGGAGAGCUGUAUCCAGUGGGAGUGUGGACUGUGCGUGUGCAAUGUUGAACCACACUAGUACGUUACUGGAGAGUGACUAUCGAGAUGUUUUAUAUGGCAAGUUGAGGGCGGGCUUCCCAUCUGGGUCAUUUGACGUCGGUCAGGCAUACAGUAUGCUCCAGCAGGGCCGGCUUCCUACGUCGACUUCAGAUACAAAUGCUGCAAAACUAGAAUUUCUGACUACCUUGAACAAUGUAGAAGUGAGUAUAGAGUACACACAAACACUCAAGAAGAGUCUGGUAGAUGAAUGUGCAAGUCUAGUUAACCAGAAUGGUGGAAUGAGCAAAGAUAAACUUGAUAUGUGCCUUAAUGAACUCACAACACAUACGCACAAAUUCAAAGAUGUUCUUGAGUAUGGUCUAAGUCAACUCAAUACCAGUGCCAUCAAGCCAAGAAUCAAACCUAUGGUAGAUGUCUUCCUAUCAACGAGUCAUAACAUUAGUGAAGAAGAAUUCUCAAACUACGAAGCCAAUGAUCCUUUUGUACAGGAUUUCAUCAUGAACCUUGAACAGCUGCUUAAUGAAUUCAAAGAUCUUCUAACAUCCAGUAACUAUGAUGCCUUGGUCAGCCUCUUGACAAAUGAAGUCACUGUGCAGCUUGAGAAAGCUGUUCUUAAAUCAGUCUUUAACAGGCUUGGUGGUCUUCAGUUUGACAAGGAGUUGAGGUCACUGGUGGGUUACCUGACCUCGGUCACCCAGUGGACGAUAAGAGACAAGUUUGCCCGGCUGACACAGAUGGCUACCAUCUUGAACCUAGAUAGGGUGACUGAGAUUCUGGAUUACUGGGGAUCAAACUCAGGACCUUUGACCUGGAGGUUGACCCCUGCAGAGGUCAGACAAGUGCUUUCAUUAAGGUUAGACUUCCGAUCUGAAGAUAUCAAGAGGUUAAAACUAUGAGCUGAAUGCCAUAUUACUUUAUAAAAGGAUGGUAAAAAUAUAUUUUUCGUCUACAAGACUUCAGAGUAUUAAUUACCCGGAGUGUCAAUAUCCAUUUGCCAUUAGCUGCACUGCGAUAUGGAAGAAUAAUGAAUGUUUGAGUAGCGAUAGUGCAAAUUGAUUACUAUGUUGGUUCAAAUGGAAUAUCAUGGGUUUUUUUUCUUCAGGAAAUCAUGUUAAUAGUCGGGUCAACAGCCACCGAUCAAAAGAGGACUAUUUAUUUCGAGAGGGUUAUGUUCCAAUUAUCAGAGUGGUGUAUUAGGCGAGUGCUGUUAGAGGAAAAAAUAUUUCCAAUUGGUGAAGUAUCCCAAGCAUUUCCUUCCAUUGAUUUCAUGGACAGAGAGACACUUUACAUCCUUAUGGUUGCCGUUUGGCAGUACUGUCAACUAGAGCAUGGAUGUGCAUGGCACCACUCUGCCAAUAUUCCAUAAUAAGCCUUUCAUGAACAGUGAAAGGUCAUUCGAGAUAAACCAGUGAAGGGGUCUUCAAAUUCUUUUCAUCACAUCCACGCCGUAAAGUAAUUAAAAUUUCAUUGGUAUUUGACUGUAGCUCAAACAUUAAUCAAUGUGCCAAAAGCGGACAAUACAAUGAACCUUUUCCAAAUUUGAUCCCAGACAUAUUAUUCUCGUCACCUGGGCCCCAUAAUACAUAGGUUACCAAUUAAUCGUUAAAUGAAAUGGCCUAUCAAGAUCAUCGUUGCAUGCGCAUUUUGCUCAGUAGACCGACUUCGAACCAAUCAGAAGUGUUCUUUCAAAUUAGCGAUUAAUCACCAACCUUUGUGUUAUGGGGCCCUGGUCUGUGUCAUACCUUUCUUUUGUAGAAUUUGAAUACUUUGCCAGGAAAGCUUACACAAAAUCUGCAAUAUUUAAGUGUUAGCGCUCAUCCUAAUCAAAAUGGGAAAGGUCAUUUGAGAGUAGUUGAUCAUGAGCUGACUCUGCAUUGGCUUGUUUAGCUUUGAAAAUCUGUGAUAUUAUACAAAUAGCCAAUACGCAUGAGUGCAAUGGUACGAGAUUUCGCAUGGGGUGAAAGAAAGACGCUCUAUUCAAAGAGGCGUUAGCCGAGUUGAAUAGAGCGUUUCUUUCUUUCACCGAAUGUGA